GAACGGACAAAAUUCAUUCACAUGGCAGUCACAUAUCAAACCCUCACCACCCAACAAAACAACGCCACGUACCACCUUCCCCCCUCACGUGUCUCGGUUUGUCACCCUACCCACACCACAUCACACUUCCUCUUUCCUUCUCUCUUAUCCUCUCUCCAUCUUUUCUCAGCAGAAACCAAAAGAAAAAAAAAGGAGCAAAGAGAGAACAGCACAGCAGCAGCCAGCAGCAUCAACAAGAGUGAGAAUCCAAGCUUUCUCCCUUCCUUCCUUCCUUCCUUCAUCAACACAAGUCCAUUUCUUCCUCCAUGAAGUGAUAACAUUGUCCCCUCUUAUUUACGCAACAUGCCAUCCCGCCAUCUCCUCUCUCUCCCGCCGGGCCACCGCCACCGCCACCGCAUUCAGCCCAUUCUCCCCGCCGUCCUCGGCGGAGCCUUGAGUUUGGCUCUCCUCUCCCUCAUCCUCAUUCUAUUCCUCUUCCUCUACCGGAAGCUCUCCAGCAACCGCACCGCUCCCACCACUUCGGACCUCAAAUCCCCAACCCACAUCCAGAGUACCGCCAACCAGUGCCGCCGCUACUCCUACUCCCUCCUCCGCCGCGCCACCGCCUCCUUCUCGCCCUCCAACCGCCUCGGCCACGGCGGCUUCGGCUCCGUCUACAAGGCCAUCCUCUCCUCCUCCCUCCUCGCCGCCGUCAAGGUCAUGGACCCCAGCGGCUCCCUCCAAGGCGAGCGCGAGUUCCACAACGAGCUCGCCCUCGCCUCCUCCCUCAACUCCCCCUACAUUGUCACCCUCCUCGGCUUCUCCACCGACCGCCGCAAGCGGAAGCUCGUCCUCGUCUACGAGCUGAUGGAGAACCGAAGCCUGCAGGAGGCUCUCCUGGAUCGCAAGUGCGAGGAGCUCAUGAAUUGGAGCCAGCGGUACAGUGUGGUUACGGAUGUCGCGAGAGGCCUCGAGUAUCUACACCAUUCCUGCAACCCUCCCGUGAUUCACGGCGAUGUUAAGCCCAGCAAUAUCUUGCUGGAUUCGGAUUUCAAUGCCAAGAUUGGCGAUUUCGGACUCUCUAGAUUGAAGACGGGGGAGAUCGCCGAGUGUGCCGCCGGAGAGGACAACGGAUCCAUCCUGGAAGAGGCGGAGAGCGUCGCGACCGGCGGCUACGAAGACUCCGGAGCAGCUGUCGAUCGCUCGCCGGCGAGUAAGGUAUUGGAUUCGGAUACGUCGCCGGAGGCCGUGGGGGCGGAUAAGGCGAGCGUGUCGGAGUUAGGUUUUGACAGGGCGAGCAUGGAAAGCGGGCGAGAUUUGGGUGGGAAAAAAGGCGGAUCCAGAAGGGAUUGGUGGUGGAAACAGGAUAGCGGAGUGGAAUCGGAAUCGGGGAGGGUGAAGAAGGAUUACGUAAUGGAGUGGAUUGGCAGCGAGAUCAGUAAGGAACGAGCCAAAUCCGGCGGAUGGAAUGUUGCGUCUCCGAGCUCGGCCGAUAACAAUCUGUUGAGCACACCGAGUUUGAAGGUGGAGCCUAUGCAGAAGAAGGAGAAGAAGACGAAGAAGAGAUUGGAAUGGUGGGCAUCUCUGGACGAAGAAAGGUUGAAAAGGAAGGAGAAGAACAGAAAGCCCAGGGAAUGGUGGAAGGAAGAGUUUUGUGACGAGUUAUCUAAGAAGAACAGGAAUAAGAAGAAGAAGAAGAGGGGUCUGAAUUCGAGCAAUGGCGGAGAAGCUUGGUGGCACAAGGACGAGGAAGAUUCGGUUCAAGAGAGGAAGAAGAAGAAGCGGAAAAGCAGAGGAAGCAUCGAUUGGUGGCUGGACGGUUUCAGCGGCGAGUUGAGAAAUGGGCGAAGGAACAGCCAAGAUUGGGCCAGUGGAGAGAUUCCCAAGAGCGGCGGCAUCAGUAGCACGCCCAGCAUGAGAGGAACCGUCUGUUACAUAGCUCCGGAGUACGGCGGCGGCGGGCAGUUGUCGGAGAAGUGCGAUGUUUACAGUUUCGGUGUGUUGCUCCUCGUGGUGGUUUCAGGGCGGAGGCCGCUUCAAGUUACUGCCUCGCCGAUGUCGGAAUUCGAGAGGGCCAAUCUCAUCUCCUGGGCUAGGCAGCUUGCUUACAAUGGGAAGCUCAUGGACCUUGUUGAUCCUUCGAUACAUUCCAUGGUCAAAGAGCAAGCGUUGGUUUGUAUCACCAUCGCGCUGCUGUGUCUCCAGAGGUCACCAAGCAAGCGGCCAUCCAUGAAGGAAAUAGUGGAGAUGCUCUCCGGCGAGGCAGAGCCGCCCCACCUGCCGUUCGAGUUUUCGCCAUCUCCGCCGUCUAAUUUCCCUUUCAAGUCUCGGAAGAAAGCCCGGUGAGUUGCGUGCGCUGUCAGUGUUGUGUAUUAGAUUUGAUUUCACGAACCACGCCAUUUUCCCAUCAACUGUAGAAUAUAAUGUACUGUUGUAGGAGGCCAUUUUGAGAAAUUACAGUGUUUGUUUCCUCAUCUCUGGUUUGUUGCUGUUGUAGAAGUUAAUUGCCAAAUUGAAAGAAGUGAAUGUAGGUGGAUGGAAGGAUGCUUUUUUUUUUCCCACGAGAGUUGGAGCAUCCAUUAUUAGCUUAGUACUAGUGAAAUGGGGCUGCGGUUGGCUCUGAAAAACUUGGUCUUGCUUCAGCAGAGUGAGCGAGUAAUGAGAGCAUUUGCUUGUUGUGCAGCACGAUUGCACUUUGACCUCAUCAAGUCAUCCUCCUAGCCUUCUGUUUUUUGGGAAUCCAAGGACUAACAGUAGAGACGCAGUAGAGAUAUUAUAGGUGGAAUGUCAUGAUGAUAUAUCCUUACUGUGUGGUAAAGCUACUAGUCAAUUUGUUCAGGAGUGCUAAAGCUGCUGCUGCUGGAGGGUCGUCUUUUGCUUUUGGUGGUCUGUCUGUCUGUUGUCUUGCCAAAGUUGUGCCUUUUCUUUCUGUGUUGUUUUGGGUGCUAAAGUUUCAGAGUCCGGCAAAGCAAAGCAAUAUAGAUUAGAUAGAUUA